AUGCUCAAAAGGCCAUCUCUGACUCCCAAGUGCCUCGCUCACGAUACUGCUCGCUGUCAUCAUCGCCGCACCCAAUGCCUCGGACAAUUGAGAGCAGAGGAUCGCAUCCACCCGCCUGGUCAGCCCAUGGAUCUGGCAGCUGAAGAGCCUCCUCACCCGGUGCGGGCCCGUGUCGCCAAUGCCUGCGACGCAUGCAAGGCACGCAAAGUCAAAUGCGAUGGCAAGUCGCCCUGCAGCUUCUGCGUCCGCCGCCAGCGCGGCCAUGCUUGUCAUUACAGUCCGCCCGUGCAGCGGCGACGGCGCCGGCCCCGGAUCGGCCACAGCGCCGGCGCAUCUCCGUUCUAUCCUCACCCGGAGCGCAUCAACUCGCAUUCGUCAUCCUCGCUGAGGUCCCAUCCCCCCAGCAGUAGCGGCGCCAACUCAGCCUUUGGAAGUCCCCGCCUCCGCGGCCCCCCUACCAACCCGGCUGCCAGGCACCACGCCGAUUCCGGGAGCCCGGGACCCGGCCAGGACGAUGACGUCGAUGACGACGGCUCCACCGUCGCCGCCCAGCCCGAGGAGCACGACGAGGCCGAGGUGCCCCGCGAGGCCAGGCUCGUGUGCGACGCGCAGGGGAAGCUCAUCUUCAUCGGCGACUGCGCCCCCUUGUCCUUCUUUCAGACCGUCCGCCAGCUCGUCACCUCGCGCGUCGACCCGGCCGCCUUUGCGCCGCAGACAAGCCGCUUCUCCAUCUUGGAAAAUGCCCAGCCGCGGCACGCCACUCCCUCCUCGCACUCCAAGUUCGGGCCUCCCGCCGUAGAUCCCAGCCAUGUCCGGCCGGCCGUACUGGCUUAUCUCACCGCCACCACCGGUCUGGUGGAUUUGUUUGUAGACAACGUCCACCUCGCCGGCGACAUCUCCGUGUGGAUCGGCCCCCAGAGCCAUCGACAUGACGAGGUCACCACGGCAAUUGGCUAUCUCGUCCUGGCCAUCGGCUGCCAGAAGACCAACGAGGACGCCGCCCAGGUGUACUUUGAAUAUGCGCGCGAUCGCGCCUUGGUCAGCCUGGGGGGCAACCUCAGCGUCGGCACGGUCCAGGCAUUUGUCCUCAUUACGCUUUACAUGCUCACCACGAGCCAGAUCAACGGCGCCUUUCUCUUCUUUGGCAUCGCCGUCCGGGCCGCCUACUCGAUUGGCGUGCACCGCACCGAGGUCAACUCGCGGUUCGGCGCAGACAUCCACCGCCAGCGGGAUCGGCUGUGGAAGAGCCUCCGCAUCGUCGACCUGUUUCUCAGCACGUCUAUGGGCCGUCCGCCCAACACGUCCGACGUUGACUGCACCGUGCCUUACCGGACGCUGGACGGACAAGGGCACGAGGUCUACGACGUGCUCAACGCUUCCGUCCAGAUCUUUCUGAUCAUUGAGUGCGUCGUGCUCGAGGUCUACUCGCGGCGCAAGAUCUCUCUCCAGCUCACCGAGGGAAUCUCCAGGCAGCUGCGGGAGUGGUCCGCGCGAUGGCUGCAGCAGCUCAAGCAAGCCAUGGCUCUGCCGCCGCGCGAGGAGAACGUGGCGCAGAUCAACGGUGCGUGCCAGACGCUGGCCUCGUAUUACUACGGUGUCAUGCUGGUGUCUAGACCCUUUCUCAUGUACGAGCUACGGCAGAGGCUGUCGGAGGAGGAACCUGCAACCACGCCGCUGGGCCGGGCGAUCCUGGUGUCGGGAAAGCUGAGACUCGCAGACGCGUGCAUUGAUGCGGCGAGUCUGAUGGUGGAUCCGGUUCUCAACCUCAUCGAGCAGGGCAUUGUGACGGGCCACAUGCCGGUAUUGGUAUCCUGGCUUUUCGCCUGCUCGCUUGUGCUGGGAGUCGGUCUCCUGGGCGGCUUUGGGCGGGUGCUGGAAAAGUACGCGCGGAUGACCAUAACGGCGUUAGAGCACUUUGCCAAGAGCGACACCCAUGCCGGGCAGUACGCCCUCAUCGGCCGGUCGCUGCUCACUACGGCACUGCAGCAUCUGGAGAAGGCGGAGCUGCGGGAGCGGUCACGGCGGACGGAGAGCUCGUCGCAGCUCUUCGGGCUGGUGCCCCUGGAGCCAGAGGCACGAGACCAGGGCCAGGCGGCUGCAUCGCGACGCGGUGUGGGAGCAGCAGACGGCCCGUCACUAGGCCAGGGUGGAAUGAUGGAGAACAGCGGGACAGGACCCAAGGUCGGCUCUGUGGCGGGCACUCCAGCUCCAGCACACGACCCCGCAAGCGCGGUGGCAGCGUCGCCGUUUGCCGACUUUAGCUCGGCGCUGUUUUCCAUGUCGGACUCGCCGUUCCCACGGACGCCGGAUCUGUCGUUCCUGAGCGGGACCUUUGAGGCAGACGGUGCGGACCAGGCGACGAUGGGGGCGCUGAACCUCUUUCCGCUCCUCGACGGCGAAGGGCACAUCGACCUGGCGCAUUACCUAUAA